AUGUACUCCAGGAGUGCGCGUGUACCAUCGGACUGCCAAGCCAGAGAGAAGCUAGCUCUUCAUGUUUAUGAGUAUCUGCUUCAUGUUGGAGCUCAGAAAUCAGCACAGACCUUUCUCUCAGAGAUCCGAUGGGAGAAGAACAUCACGCUGGGAGAGCCGCCUGGGUUCCUGCACUCUUGGUGGUGUGUUUUCUGGGAUCUUUACUGUGCUGCACCAGACAAGAGAGAAUCGUAUGAACAUUCAAGCGAGGCCAAAGCUUUUAAUGACUAUAGUGCAGCAGCAAUGACCAGUCCUGGGAAUGGAAAUCUUUCUCCGGGAGAGGGAAUGCCCUUACCCCCUGGAUUCCCCCAGCAGUUUUUGUCCCCUCGUUGCCCUGGUGGCCCAAGAGCUUCUCUCAGAAUGGCUGGUCAGACGAUGGGCUCAGGUAACCCGCAACUUUUGGGUGGGAUGGAUACUAUGAGACAGCCAGGUCAUCUUCACAUAAAUGGGCCGAUGCAGAGGAUGAUGCCUCCAAGAGGAAUUGUUUCUAUUGGACCACAGAACUACGCUGGAGGAAUGAGGCCUCCCGUACAUUCAUUAAUGGGACAAGGAAUGCCUGGCAUGUAAGUGGCUCCAGCAGGAGGAAGGCCUUGGCUAAAUCCUCCAAACACCAACUCAAUCCCAUACUUAUCCUCCUCUCCGGGAAGUUACACAGGUCCAGCAGGAGGAGUGCCUGGCACACCAGUUAUGUCCAGUACAGCAGAGUCCACCAAUUCAGGGGACAUGUAUAGUGUGAUGAAUCCAGUUCCUCCAAAUGGAACCAGACCAAAUUUUCAUGUUGGUCCUUGUGCUGAUGGAGCGAUGGGAGGGGUUGUAGGAAUGGAACCUCAUCCUCUAAAUGGCUCAUUAGCAUCAGGUGAUAUUGAAAGCCUCCCUAAGAGCUCUCCUGGAAACAUGAGUAUGAACACCCAGCCAAGCACACCAAGAGGUGAUGGAGAGAUAAGCAGCAGCUUCAUUAACCCCUUUCAGAAUGAAAGCUACUCCAAAUACGAUGACGAGUGUGUAAGAGACAGGAUGGAGUAAUGCACUGAAUAUGACUGAGACCAAAUCUGAACAAGCCA